AUGGCGGCACCGCAGGGAUCUCAGCAAGGCACCGUCGGUAACGUGGCAGGUGGUUCAGAAGAGGCACCCCAUCUUUCCUCUCGAGCCCUCUCCGAAAGGCAACCAGAUCCCACUCACCUCCGUCCCUCUACCAACCCGCAUAUCAUCCUCCAAAUCAGUCGCCGUGCAGGUUGCAUGCCGCAGUUCGAAACUAAGGUCGCUCGCUCAUCAUCCACUCUACCACGGCCACGACAGAGAGCAUCAGAAACCCCGUUCCCGCAGCCAACCACAUGCCGCGGCGCCAGAAAAUCCCUCCGCCCGUCCGGGUGCCAUUGGCCGUCGGCUCCGGCAUUGUUGUCCUUGACACAAACCAAUGCAUGGGAUAUGGAUCGUGAUCUGCGGGUGAUCGGUGCCCUGGAUUGCCUACAUCGGUACAACGAUGCAGGAGGCGCACCCAGACAGACAUCAAAUGAUCGUUCAGGCGCAAACACUGCCUACAUCGGGCUCAGUGACACGAAGAAGUAG